AUGGAGGAGAACAGUGUUUUGCACACGAUCAUAAAGAAUUUUGCCGUUAAUGUUGGGUUUAUGAUGGCGGCUCUUUUGAUGUUUUUUGGGAUUAUGGACUACAAGAAGAUCCUGGAAGAAGCCAAAUCCCCACAACGCCAUGCCUCGGCUACCUUCUUCGUGCUCGUGGAGGCAUACACAAGCUUUGCUAGCUCCACCCCCUUUAUUCUCUCUGAUCAAUUAGAAGGCGUGCACUUUCGAAGGAUAAAGGAAGAAAGCAAUAAUAUUUUUAUUCUGUGCUUUAAUGACCACAGUGAGCUCAAGUUGUGA